CAUUAUUAUUAUAUUAAACAUUAUAAAAUAAAUAAAUAAAAACCUACUACGAAAAGGCGCGAACAGUGUUUGAAACUUUGAACGUUCUCCGAGCUUCACCUCAUCGGAGAAAAUGGCGGACCAUGAGGAAUCCCAUCUCAUCGAUCCAAAGAGCGGUUUCUGCAAAUCAAACUCAACGUUCUACAGCAAGCAAAAAUCAUUACCUCUCCCGCAGAAUCGCUCCCUCGACGUCACAACCUUCAUCUCCUCGCAGGCUCACCGCGGAGCCACCGCUUUCAUCGAUGCCGUCACCGGAAACCACCUCAGCUUCUCCGAUCUCUGGAGAUCCGUCGAUCAUGUAGCCGACGGUCUCUGCGACCUCGGCGUUCGGAGAGGUGACGUCGUCCUCAUCCUCUCCCCGAACUCCGUCUUCUUCCCCGUUGUCUGCCUCUCCGUCAUGUCCAUCGGGGCCAUAAUCACCACCGCAAAUCCUCUAAACACCGCCGGCGAGAUCGCUAAGCAGUUCGGAGAUUCGUCCCCUGUUCUCACCUUCACCACGAGUCAACUCGUUCCCAAACUCGCCGACUCGGUGGCUAAAACCACAGCAGGCGGCGGAAUCUCAGUCGUCAUCUUGGAUACCGAGCAUGCGGAGGAGACGCGGGUAGGAUAUACGCCCCGCGGUGUAAGGAUCGUGGGGGUUUUGGCUGAGAUGAUGGAGGCAGAGCAACCAAAUGGGAAACGACGAGUCAGGGACCGAGUCAACCAGGACGAUACAGCGAUGCUGCUCUACUCAUCGGGAACCACCGGGCCGAGCAAGGGAGUGAUGUCAUCUCACGGAAACCUAAUCGCUAGCGUUGCGAGAUUCAUAGCGGAGCCAUUGGAACAAGAUCAGAUCUUCAUCUGCCCCAUUCCGCUAUUCCAUACCUUUGGCUUAUUAAACUUCUGCAUGGUGACGGUGGCGAUGGGAUCCACGGUGGUGCUACUCCCAAAGUUCGAGCUCCACGGCAUGUUAAUGGCGGUGGAGAAGUACAGAGCCACGACGCUGUUUCUUGUCCCUCCGAUCGUCGUUGCCAUGAUCAACGGCGCAGAUUCAAUCAGAACAAGGUACGAUCUGCGCUCCCUGAGAUUGGUGAGAUGCGGCGGAGCACCGCUGAGCAAGGAGGUGACGGAGGGAUUCCUGGAGCAUUAUCCGACGGUCGAGAUUCACCAGGGGUACGCUUUGACAGAAUCUAACGGCGCAGGAGCGGCGACGGAGAACUCGGAGGAGAGCCGGAGGUACGGUACAGUGGGGCCCUUGUCACCGGGUCUUGAGGCGAGGAUCAUGGAUCCGAAUUCGUGUCGGGUAUUGGGAGUGAACCAGACGGGCGAGCUUCUGCUCCGGGGACCUUCAAUUGCUAAAGAUAACAAUGAUACGAUCGUUGUAAAAGGCUAUUUCAAGAACGAAGAAGCCACGAGAGCUGUUUUUGGUUCCGAAGGAUGGCUUCGGACGGGAGAUCUUUGCUACAUCGACGACGACGGAUUCGUUUUCAUCGUUGAUCGUCUGAAAGAAUUAAUCAAAUACAAAGGAUUCCAGGUCCCUCCGGCGGAAUUAGAGGCUCUGCUUCUUACUCAUCCAGAUAUUCUUGACGCCGGCGUUAUCCCGUUUCCCGAUCGAGAAGCUGGACAAAUUCCCAUGGCGUGCGUUGUAAGAAAGCCUGGGACUGGGAGCAAUUUAUCCGACAAACAAGUCAUGGAUUUCAUCGCUAAACAGGUAUCUCCCUAUAAAAAGAUUCGAAAGGUGGUGUUCAUAAACUCGAUACCCAGGACUCCUUCCGGCAAGAUCCUUCGGAAAGAUCUGAUCAAAUUUGCGGCGUCUAAGCUGUAAAAGGCCCAUUUAAUAUAAAGUGGGCUGAGUUAGGCCCAACGUGUGGCGAGUUGGAUCCGACGGGGACGCGCCAUAUCACGUGCUAGGUUCAAAUCAAGUCACGUGACUGCUUCUUCUUGUUUUGUCCCGGGUGGAAUGGAGAAUUUCCCGGCGGCUAAUAUUAGUUUCGAUAAAACCAAAGCCAAGGUUUUUGUAAUUUUGUUUGUCCAUGGGGACACCAAACUCAUUUCUU